UUUAUUUUGGUGUGGCGCUGUGAAGUCACAGGGCUGCGGCGCGCUGUUGUGAUUCAGCUGAAGAACGAUCUAAUGCCGCUGAAAGAGGAGCGUGAAGUACUGGAUGAAAUGAAAGAAAAAGAUCAGUGUAAGAAACAUCAUGAUAUCGUAACUGAAGAAAUAUCUGAACAGGCUUCCUCACAAAAAAGUAAUUUCACCUGCCAACAGUGCGGAAAGUGUUUCUCUACAAAAAGAAACCUGAAACGCCACAUGGACAUUCACACUGGAGAGAAGCCUUACGCCUGCCAGCAGUGUGGAAGGUGUUUCAAUAAAAAAGGAACCCUUAAAGGUCACAUGAGCAUUCAUACUAGAGAAAAGCCUUACACGUGCCCUCAGUGUGGAAACUGUUUCACCCAGCAAGGAAACUUUAACAGGCACAUGAGAGUUCACACUGGAGAGAAGCCUUACACCUGCAAACUGUGUGGAAAGAGCUUUACAACCAAACUAAACCUUAAGGAUCAUCUGCUAGCGAGUCACACGUGA